AUGGCCUCCAACUCCUGCAGGAUCUGGUCUCUGCUAUUACUUCCUGUGAUAUUCAACUGCUUCAUUACGUCUGUCCAAGCCAAAACAAUUGUGGUGACAGUUCACACUACCGUCUCAGUCCAAACGACGGCCACAGCUCCCAGUCCUGCAUCAUACACAUCGACCCAUGAGUUCAAAGAUACAGUACUUCAGGUCACCAAUGAAUAUCGAAAAGCACAUGAUGCAGAACCAUUAGUCUGGAAUGAUACUUUAGUCAAAUAUUCUCACAAAUGGGCGCAGACUUGUAUCUGGAAACAUUCCGAUGGCCCAUACGGGGAAAACCUAGCAUUUGGUUUUCCCAACGCCUCUUCAGCAGUAGAAGCCUGGGGCGAUGAAAGAGAAUACUACAACUUUGACAAACCAACCGGGUUCAGUGAGAAGACUGGUCAUUUCACGCAACUGGUGUGGAAGGCCACAACAGAAGUUGGAUGCGCUGCGAUUGAUUGUGGCUAUACCGAAGAUGACAACAAGCAACGAAGAGAUGUCAGGGAUACCAGCGAGGCCGGGGGUCGGAUUCUUCCUAGAGAGCUCGAUGGUAGCACUCGAGCGCAGGGUUGGUAUGUGGUAUGUGAAUAUACGCCAGCUGGAAACAUCGUCGGCAAUCACGAUGCAUAUUUCAAGAAGAAUGUGAAGCCAGUCGAUAAAUCAUCGUCCUCGACAACUACGGCUGCUACAUCAAAGAGCCAGCCGACUGGCGGGGCUGGCAAAAAGAUUGGGAUGGAUUCCAUGACGUGGGCGAUGUUGCUGGCUUUGGGGACUCUCGCUAUUGGAACGAGCCUGUAUACUUAG